AUGGCGCGUUUUGCCGACUGGUCUGCGGCGCCCCAUUUUGGCCUUCCCGCCAAUCCGCCGCUCCGGGCCCACACGGCGUGGGCGCGAUGCCCCACCAGCUACGAUGACAUGGAUGCCACCGACAAGAUGCUGGGUGGACGGCCAGCGGGGAGAGACCCCAAGGACGAGAAGAUCUUCGGCGACGAGGCGCCAGAGGGCAUGGAAAAGAUGCAGCAGAUGGACACCUCCAAGGCCAAGCGCAUGGAGAAGAGGGAGGAGGAGCUGAAGGCAGACCUGAAGAAGGAGAAGAGGAGGGUGAACCAGUACGCCAAGGAGGAGGAGAGUUUGCAAGAGGAUGUCAAAGAGCUGCGCCAGGAUGCCAAGCAGAUGAAGUCCCGGGGCAGUGAUGAGAUAGAGGAGGAGGGGAAGGACACGGAAGCGGACGAGGAGGAGCCCAAGGGGACGCAUGAGGAGGAGCCCGAGAAGGAGGAAGGCGAGGAAGACCACGGGCAUCACGAGUAUUUCGCUCAAAGCCGCAUCGUGGCUCCGGACUACUUCGAGCCCACCACACCCGAAGAUGAGAUCCCGGUGGCGGUGGCCACUACGCAGGACCAGUGGCGGCGGCAGAAGAUUGCCAAGGAUCAGAUCCAAGUGGCACAGGACCAGAUGCAGCUGGCCAAGGACAGCCAGAUCCUGGCAGAGGGCCAGGACAAGUUGACGAAUCUCCGCACCCCUGGGAUGAUGAAGGAGGAGCUGCUGGCGCAGCAGGUGCGGGACCAGAAGCGGAUCGCCCUGGACCAGGAGCUGCUGCUCCAAAGUCAGAAGCGCCUCGCCGAGGACAUGGACCAGGCCGUGGACGGCAAGCUGCGAUGGGAGCGUCUGGAGAAUUACCGGAAGAAGCGGAUCGAGCAGUUCCAGGACAUGGUGAAUGACAAGCUGGACCGGCUCUACAAGGCGGAGAUCGACUUCGUCAAGCGCAAUGGCAAGGGCAAGCUGCGGGGAUCGCCCAUCAACAUCCCACAGGUGGGCCCCGUGGGUGUGCGCGUGGUGCAGGGCAAGGAGGCGAAAAUGGCCACCGGCGGCAACGACGGGGGGGAGGUGCUGUCGGAGGUUGGCUCCCCGGAGGAGGCGGCGGAGAAAGAGGCCGAGGCGAGCCGAAGGAAUAUUAGAGCGCGCCAAAAGGCCAACUGGCGGUGCUCGCUUGGCCAACGCGUGGAGCCCAACCGGCGACUGUUCCAAGUUCUGGUUGCAGAUUGA